UGUUCGUGGCAUGCGAAGUUAUGCAUGCAUAUAACACCGUUGUAUAUAACCCAUUCAUUGAAUAAUAUCGAUCCCAAACAAAACAUCGUACAAUCAGCUGAGUGAGAAUGAACGUCUUUUCCAGAGCAAUCGGCCUACGAAGGAGUGCGUUGUCCUUCGGUUUGCUAAAAAAUUUCGUCCCAAAACCUGUGAUUUUCCCGCUGGGCACAACAAUUCGCACAUACUGCUACGGUUAUCUCAGCAUGAAGCCAAAGGUCUACGUCACCAGAAAUGAUUACGCUCGCAUCGGAAUGGAUCUGCUGAAGGAAGAAUGUGACCUUUCGAUUUGGGAUGAAGCCUAUCCAGUACCUAGAGAUGAAUUCUUCAAAAAUGUAGCCGGGAAGGAUGCUAUUUUUUGUUCGCUGAACGAUCGUAUCGACAAAGAACUAUUAGAUCAAGCCGGGCCAAGUCUAAAAAUUGUGGCGACCAUUUCUGUUGGGUUCGACCAUAUUGACGUGAAGGAAUGUCGUGAUCGUGGAAUCCGUAUUGGUUACACACCGGAUGUUCUUACAGACUCAACGGCGGAGCUUACGGUGGCUCUUCUUCUGGCAACGGCUCGUCGCUUGUUCGAAGCUAACAAAGAAGCUCACACGGGCGGAUGGAAGAGUUGGUCUCCCAUGUGGAUGUGUGGAACAAGUAUCAAAAAUUCUGUGGUAGGAAUAUUCGGUUUCGGUCGAAUCGGACAAGAAAUAGCCAAACGGAUUGCUCCUUUCAAACCUGCACAGAUCCAGUUUACAAGCCGUACGGAUAAAUGCUUCACAGCGGAGGAGCUCGGAGUCUCACAAGUUCCUUUCGACGAGCUUAUUGAAACCAGCGAUUUCAUCAUUAUCGCAUGUUCUUACACAAUGGAGACGGCCAAUCUGUUUAAUGAUUCGGUUUUCUCGCGGAUGAAACCUUCGACAAUUUUGAUCAACACUAGUCGUGGUGGAGUGGUUGAGCAACACGAUCUGAUUCAUGCUCUGAAGGCGGGAAAAAUUCAAGCAGCGGGACUGGAUGUUACAACGCCGGAGCCACUGCCAUUGGAUAGCCCGUUGCUGCAGAUGAGCAACGUCGUUAUCCUGCCGCACAUAGGAAGCGCCGAUGUUGAGACGCGUACGGAAAUGUCCCGCAUCACAGCCUGUAACAUCCUGGCAGGGCUCAAAGGGGUGAAGAUGAUUUCAGAGGUCUGAGAAAUAUAUACUACGAAAUGAGGAACAAGAAAUAUACGGUACCAGUGAAUAAAGAAAU